CACCCGCCCCCGUCUCGCCGUCUCAACCCAGCAGUAGCAGCCGCAGUCUCCCUCACCGCUGGGAAGCCGAUGUGGUGUAGCAAGUUGCCAGCUAUCGCCUUCAGUAACAUAACAUCGUGUGAUCCAACAAGACUGAUAGUGGAAGGACCGUCACCUGCUUGCCGUAAUGAGCGCCGCUGCCCGUGACCUUGAGGACAUGGUAGAGGAGUGCCCCGCCGACUCGAAUGAAGCAGGUUGGGCAGGGGUGUGCCAAGGAUGUCCUGGGAAGGAGCUGUGCCUGUCUCAAGGCAGCCAGCCAGACCCUGAGCAGCAGGUGAUUGACACCAGGCUGGGUGCCAUCAGACACAAGGUGCUGGUUUUGUCUGGCAAAGGAGGUGUAGGAAAGUCCACCAUGGCUGUGUUGUUGGCACAGAUUCUGGCAGGGGAGGGACAGCGUGUGGGACUCCUGGAUGUGGAUGUGUGUGGCCCUAGCAUCCCUCACCUUCUGGGAGUGGAAGACCAGCCUGUCCUGGACUCACAGUGGGGGUGGCAGCCUGUGGUGUCACCUCUUGGAAAGAUUAAGACCCUAUCAGUGGGGUCCCUGCUGAGUUCCCAGUCCCAGGCUGUGGUGUGGAAAGGCCCUCGCAAGACAGCACUCAUCAGGCGCAUGAUCAAGGACACUUUGUGGGGCCGCCUGGACACACUGGUGGUGGACACUCCCCCAGGAACCAGUGACGAACACCUCACAAUUGUCCGCCUGUUAGCAACAACUCGGCCAAGUGGUGCUGUGAUACUCACUUCCCCGCAGCGGCUGGCAGCAGGUGUGGUGAGCCGGGAGAUUAGAUUCUGUCAGAAGAUGAACGUUCCUGUUCUGGGGAUCAUUGAGAAUAUGUCGGGCUUCUGUUGUCCUUGUUGUUCGGAAGUGAGCGAGGUGUUUCCUGGUGGGGCAGGAGCACAUUUGGCAGAAAAGUACAGGGUGCCUCUGCUUGGUGCCGUGCCCCUGGAUCUGGGUCUGGCAGAGGCGGGGGUGAGCUGUGGGUGGAGAGACUCUCCUGUGGCUCAGGCAGUCAGGGAUAUGGUGGCCAAGAUCAAAGAAAAGCUAUAGUUUCAAGCAGUUCACCAUGCCAUGAGAUGUGGCCACCGAGGUACAAAGCAAAGCAGCCAGUCAUAAGGGAGCCAGGGAAGGGCCAAUGCUGGGAGGCAAUGUAGGUCACCUUGGACACCUCUAUCCCUACCUCCUCAGCCACUUCCCUACGGACUGUCUCUUCAAGGCUCUCUCCUAGAAGAGGAAA